AUGGACUAUAAUAGGAUGAACUCCUUCUUAGAGUACCCACUCUGUACCCGUGGACCUGGCUCCUACAGCACCCCAACUUCCUUCCCCCAGAGCUCGGCUCCGACUGGUGACAGCUACGCAGGGGAGACCCGUUAUGGCGGGGGGCUGCCCAGCCCUGCGCUCCAGCAGAACUCAGGCUACCCGGCCCAGCAAUCGCCUUCGGCUUUAGGGGUGCCCUUCCCGAGCUCGGCGCCGUCGGGGUACGUAACCCCAGCCGCCUGCACUUCCAGUUAUGGGCCUUCCCAGUACUAUCCUCUGGGCCAGCCAGAAGGAGAUGGCGGCUACUUUCAUCCUUCCAGCUAUGGGGCGCAACUCGGGGGCUUGUCUGACGGCUAUGGCACGGGCGGGGUGGGCCCGGCUCCCUACCCUCCGCCGCAGCCCCCCUACACCAACGAGCAGACGGCGAGCUUUGCCCCGGCCUAUCCCGAGCUCUCGGAGGACAAGGAAUCGCCGUGCCAGGCAGAACCCCGAACCCCUACCGCCAGGACUUUCGACUGGAUGAAGGUGAAGAGGAACCCACCCAAGACAGCGAAGGUGUCGGAGCUGGGCCUCGGGGUGCCCGGCGGGCCCCGAACCAACUUCACCACGAGGCAGCUGACCGAGCUGGAGAAGGAGUUUCACUUCAACAAGUACCUGAGCCGCGCUCGCAGGGUGGAGAUCGCGGCCACCCUGGAGCUCAACGAGACGCAGGUCAAGAUUUGGUUCCAGAACCGGCGCAUGAAGCAGAAGAAGCGCGAGCGGGAGGGAGCCCGGCCGCCCCCCGCACUCCCAGGCGCCCCCAAAGAGGUGGCUGGAGACGCUUCCGACCAGUCCACUUGCACCUCCCCAGAAGCGUCACCCAGUUCCGUCACCUCCUGA